UAGACACUUAGAGAGAGCAGCGAGAGCGAUGAGUUCAUCAUCAAGAAAGCUUGAGGUUGUUUCACCAGUUCCGGCCGAUAUCGAUAUAGCUAAUUCCGUCGAGCCUUUACACAUCUCUGAGAUUGCCAAAGAUCUUAAUAUCAACCCACUUCACUACGAUCUCUAUGGCAAGUAUAAAGCUAAGGUUUUGUUGUCUGCGUUUGAUGAGCUUCAAGGACAAGAAGAUGGUUACUAUGUUGUUGUUGGAGGGAUUACUCCUACUCCUCUUGGAGAAGGCAAGAGCACUACCACUGUUGGACUUUGCCAAGCCUUAGGUGCUUACCUCGAUAAGAAGGUUGUUACUUGUCUUCGGCAACCAUCACAAGGACCAACCUUUGGAAUCAAAGGAGGUGCAGCUGGUGGUGGGUAUAGUCAGGUGAUUCCUAUGGAUGAGUUCAAUCUUCAUCUCACUGGAGAUAUUCACGCGAUCACCGCUUCCAACAAUCUCUUAGCUGCUGCAAUCGACACUCGGAUUUUCCAUGAGACGUCUCAAUCCGACAAGGCUCUUUUUAAUAGGUUGUGCCCUCCUAAUAAAGAAGGGAAGCGUAGUUUCAGUGACAUUAUGUUCAGGAGAUUGACAAAGCUUGGGAUUUCCAAGACCAGUCCUGAGGAGCUUACUCCCGAGGAGAUAAAGAAAUUUGCUAGGCUUGAUAUUGAUCCUGCUUCCAUCACGUGGAGAAGAGUUAUGGAUGUUAAUGAUCGGUUCUUGAGGAAGAUUACUAUUGGACAGGGACCUGAGGAAAAGGGGAUGACUAGAGAAACUGGCUUCGACAUUUCUGUUGCUAGUGAGAUUAUGGCUGUUUUGGCUUUGACAACCUCUCUAGGUGAUAUGAGAGAGAGGCUAGGUAAAAUGGUGAUUGGAAACAGCAAAGCCGGGGAUCCGAUAACAGCAGAUGAUCUUGGUGUUGGAGGAGCCUUGACUGUUCUGAUGAAAGACGCUAUUAACCCGACACUCAUGCAGACACUGGAAGGGACACCUGUCCUAGUUCAUGCUGGUCCUUUUGCAAACAUAGCUCAUGGAAAUUCAUCGAUUGUUGCGGACAAAAUCGCUUUGAAGCUGGUGGGACCUGGUGGAUUCGUGGUAACAGAAGCGGGUUUUGGUUCUGAUAUUGGGACGGAAAAGUUCAUGAAUAUUAAGUGCCGUUACAGUGGGCUAACGCCUCAGUGUGCGAUUGUUGUGGCGACUGUUAGGGCCUUGAAAAUGCAUGGCGGUGGGCCUGAUGUUGUUGCCGGGAGGCCACUUGAUCGUGCUUAUGUAAGUGAGAAUGUUUCCUUGGUUGAAGCUGGCUGUGUGAAUCUGGCAAAGCACAUCUCAAACACAAAGGCCUACGGUGUGAAUGUAGUUGUUGCUGUGAAUAUGUUCUCAACAGAUACCGAAGCAGAACUUAAUGCAGUUAGGAAAUUUUCAAUGGAUGCUGGUGCUUUUGAUGCUGUGGUCUGCUCCCACCAUGCUCAUGGUGGCAAAGGAGCGGUGGAUCUUGGUAUCGCGGUUGAAAAAGCUUGUCAAAACAUUACACAGCCACUUAGGUUUCUCUACCCAUUGGACAUUAGUAUCAAAGACAAAAUUGAGGCCAUAGCUAAGUCAUAUGGAGCCAGUGGUGUUGAAUACUCAGACCAGGCAGAGAAACAGAUUGAGAUGUACACACAACAAGGCUUCUCGAAUCUUCCCAUAUGCAUGUCGAAAACACAGUACUCAUUCUCGCAUGAUGCAUCAAAGAAAGGAGCACCUUCGGGGUUUGUUUUGCCAAUAAGGGAUGUAAGAGGAAGCAUUGGAGCUGGUUUCAUAUAUCCACUGGUUGGUACAAUGAGUACCAUGCCUGGACUUCCUACAAGACCUUGUUUCUACGAGAUUGAUAUUGACACUGAAACUGGAAAAGUUCGUGGCCUUUCUUAAGUUUGGUGGAUCGAUCAGUUAAAGCUUCAAGCUUCCCUUCACCAUCAUUUCUCACUUCAACAAUAAAAAUUUGGCGAUUGUACUUUGAUAUUGAGUGUUUUUCCAUCUUUAAAUGAAUAAAAUAAAAGUAUCUUUUCCUU